AUGUCAAAUACGAAGCAAACGUUUAAUAUUACAUUUGUGAAUUAUGGUUCAGUUAAAUAUUACAUUUAUUUUGGUAUUAGUGGUAUGUUAAGUAGUGCCAUAACACAUACAACUGUUAUUCCACUGGUUUUAGCACCAACUUUAAUUGAUUAUUCAUUAGAAGGUUUCGAAAAAUUUGCUUUCUAUGAAAUAUUAAAAAUUUUUCAUGGUGAAAUAUUUGUUGAAGAAAAUGUUUAA